AUGGCGCGGCUUCGUCGCCAGCACCGGAGAGAGCUACGACAUGGAGAUCGAACACAGCGCAAGAUGCGUGCCCGCAAGGAUGCCGUCGCCCGUCUGGAUGCUCGUCUCCAAGCGAGUUUGUGCCUGCAGGAACAACAGGAGGUGAGCGCUGUGCUGCGAGACCUCGUGGGCCGCGUGGAGCUUUCGGUGGAGCAUGCUACGAACCAACGCGCGGAAGAAGCUUUGGCGUGGUCGGAGCUGCAACAGAGCGACCAGCGUGACUGUGCUGCUCGGCUGGAGACAGAGUGGGGUGAGGCUGAGGAUCUGAUCGUGGUCGAGCAGCAACUACUGGCCCAACGAGUGGAAGGAUUGGGGACACGACUGCAAGCCGCUCAGCAGCAUCUUCGAGAUGAAAAGGAAGCUGGCGCUGAGCUGCACGCUUCCUACGCUCAGUUGGAGCAGGACGUUGCUAACAAGUCUGGCUGGCUCACGGCGCUAGCGCUCAGUAGCAUGUCCCUGCUUCAAGUGGAGGACUCGAAGCACCAGAGCGAGCUCUCGGCUGAAAACGCCCAGCUUCGAGACAAGCUCCAGACCGCCCACAAAGUAGCGAAAAAGUGCAAGCACAAGUACAAGAAAGUGAAGGCUGAGGUGAAGGCGCUCAGGGGCCAGCUCAAUGUUGUCAAGGGCAACACGACGCAAGCCAACACCCACUUCACUCCAAAUGUGCUGAAGCCUGACCACAGUCAUGCCGGACGACUACACACCUUGCGCGGUACGAAGAAUCGCUGA